CGCCGCCAAAUAUGAAAAAGGCUCCGAGUAACCGAUGAUCGUCCGCAGGCCCCGAGCAACAGCGACCGCCAGCCGGUAACAAUAACCGAAUAUCCCCGGCCGUCCCCCCGGUAAUAAUAACCGAAUAUCCCCGGCCCCCCCGGUAAUAAUAACCGAAUAUCCCCGGCCGGCCCCCCGGUAAUAAUAACCGAAUAUCCCCGGCCCCCAGCCGGUAAUAAUAACCGAAUAUCCCCGGCCCCCAGCCGGUAAUAAUAACCGAAUAUCCCCGGCCCCCAGCCGGUAAUAAUAACCGAAUAUCCCCGGCCCCCAGCCGGUAAUAAUAACCGAAUAUCCCCGGCCGCCAGCCGGUAAUAAUAACCGAAUAUCCCCGGCCCGCCAGCCGGUAAUAAUAACCGAAUAUCCCCGGCCCCCCAGCCGGUAAUAAUAACCGAAUAUCCCCGGCCCCCCAGCCGGUAAUAAUAACCGAAUAUCCCCGGCCCCCCAGCCGGUAAUAAUAACCGAAUAUCCCCGGCCCCCCAGCCGGUAAUAAUAACCGAAUAUCCCCGGCCCCCCUGCCGGUAAUAAUAACCGAAUAUCCCCGGCCCCCCAGCCGGUAAUAAUAACCGAAUAUCCCCGGCCCCCCAGCCGGUAAUAAUAACCGAAUAUCCCCGGCCCCCCAGCCGGUAAUAAUAAACGAAUAUCCCCGGCCCGCAGCGACAACCGACAUCCCCGCCCCGGUAAUAAUAACCCAAUAUCCCCGGCCCCGUAACCCACAUCCCCGCCCCGCACACAUCCCAUCAUCCCCGUAAUAAUAACCGACAUCCCCCGGUAAUAAUAACCCAUCAUCCCGCCCCGGUAAUAAUAACCGACAUCCCGCCGCCCCGGUAAUAAUAACCCAUCCCCGUCCGGCACAACCGAACAUCCCCGCCCCUGCACAACCCAUCCCCGCACACAACCGACCGCACAACCGACAUCCCCGCCCCGUAACCGACAUCCCCCAGCACAAUAACCCGAUCCCCGCCCCCACAACCGACAUCCGCCCCGACACAACAACCCCCGACAAUAACCGACAUCCCCAAAUCGGUAAUAAUAACCCAUCCCCGCCCCGUCGGUAAUAAUAACGAACAUCCCCCAGUAAUAAUAACCCAUCAUCCCCCAGCAAUAACCGACAUCCCGCCCCCAGCCGGUAAUAAUAACCGAAUAUCCCCGGCCCCCCAGCCGGUAAUAAUAACCGAAUAUCCCCGGCCCCCCAGCCGGUAAUAAUAACCGAAUAUCCCCGGCCCCCCAGCCGGUAAUAAUAACCGAAUAUCCCCGGCCCCCCAGCCGGUAAUAAUAACCGAAUAUCCCCGGCUCCCCAGCCGGUAAUAAUAACCGAAUAUCCCCGGCCCCCCAGCCGGUAAUAAUAACCGAAUAUCCCCGGCCCCCCAGCCGGUAAUAACCGAAUAUUAUCUCCUGCUCUAGGUCAGUAUAACUGUGUUGUUAUGGGUUAUUUUCUACGAUGGUGGGGGAACACAUUUUCCCAUAAAUCACCCAGCACUCCUUUACCACACUGUCCCCCCAUAUUGGUUGGGCGCUCACUAUAAUCUUGUAUCCAAAUAUAAUUUAACGGAUGACUUCAGACUGACCUGGUUAUACAUUGUAGAUUUAUAACCGAUUUGGUAUUACAGAAUGGUCAGGGGAUAGGAGACGGGACAGGAAUGGCUGUGUUCUUUGUGUUUGUCUUGCUCCAGGGAGCAAUAAGCUGUAAAAUUAGCGUCACCUUUUGCUUUUCAUGUUCACCUGCAGAAAUGAAGUCACAAUGUCUGCCAGAACUCAAAAUGACCACUAGGCCAGUGAAAAUUUACCCCAUGCGAGUAGAAAUUCACACCGGUUUGUAUGUCAUGGUUUCUCCAGACUUGCUUGGCUAGUAUCCUUUAGGAAUGGCUAGCAAGACUUAAACUUUGCAGCCCUGGUGUCGAUAAUUAAUACUGCGAUGUUUUUAAGAAGAAACUUGCCUAAAGCAUGUAGAUAAUGCGACCGAUCCACUUACCCGGGGAUACGCUGACAAAUUGGGUAAUGUAGCUAUGUUAACCUUAACCACUCCCUUAGCUUAGUCCUCCGAUUCUGGCGGCGCCGGGUGUCGUGUCUCUGCCGUUUUGUCACAUAUGCGUGAGUGUGCGAAACGUCUGUUAAUGUAAUAUCCCACAACGCCGCAUACACAGGCCUCUACUGUAUUACACAGUCUCAUAAGCUUUCAGUAGCAAUGUCUGAUUCAGACAGGCAACACAUGGCAUUAAAGGAACACUGUCGUGUCAGGAAUAGAAACAUGUAUUCAGAGCACAUUUUAAAGGUGAUAUUACACACCCUUUCUCUCUCACCGCGACUUGCCCUACCUCCAUGGCUCGGAUUAUCAGUUUUGGUGAUCUCAACCAAUGUAAUGACUUCGCAUUGGGGAGCUAUUGCACAAAAUGUCAAUCGGCAUAUCUUCGUAGAGAUGUACUGAAUAAAUGCAUCUCUAUGGGGAAGUUUAGAGGCUUCAUGCAGAGCAUGGAGACACUGAACGCCAAUGCUCCACACUGCGCAGCACUGAUAUAGGAAGUACCUCUAGUGGCCGUCUGAGUGACCAGGUUUUUUGGGGACUGUUGGAAUUUUAAAUAAACCAUUGAUAUAUUUUUCAUAACAUCCUUUGCUGUGUGUAUAUUUAAUUAUGACCUUUUUUUAAAUUUUUUUUGGCAGAAUUUCUUUUUGGUGAGGGCCCCACGUGUGUGCAAUCGGGAAAGAAACAUCAACAGGGUAGCUUCAUAGACCUGCCUAGAUCACUGUGUGUGAUCCCUGCACUCUCAGGUGAGCCUUUAGUAUCCUCCAUCAAUUUGUUUAAUUUGUCGCAAUGGAUGAACUAUUCUGUCACCAUGGAAACCUAAUGGAGGAUGUUGGAUGGAUGAGCUAACUGGUAGUUAUCUUCAUAAUGACCAAACGUGAUUGUACUAAUUAGAACUUCCUUCACAUGAAGUAUGUGGAAGUGACAGGAGGUGCCCUUAAUCAGGUAGUCUCUCUUUGGAAGCAACUGCAGUUACUAACAACUAGCUGUUUUUUCGUUUGAUUUUUACUUUAACACUCUGUUGUAUUUGGAUUUGAUUUAUAUGAAAUGGAAACACUGUCCUGGCACAGGAUGACAUUUAAUGCAAAUUCCAAAUGUCCCUUGAUUCCCUCAAUCUUGCCACUUACCACAUGCAGGAUAUCAUGGGAAGAUGGUGCCCUUUCCAAAGAGCCUCUUUGGAACAUAACAAUGCCAAGAAGUGAGAUUCAGUGUAAAGAGAACUGUUGCCAUUUAGUUAUUCAGUGUUUUCUGAUGGCAUUUUUGUCUUGUCAGAUAUAGUUUGCUGUUUUGACCACUCUCCUGUCUUUCAUUUAGCUGAACAUGGCAAAACGGGUGAGUCUAAUGGAUUAUCAUGGAGGAAACAAGAAGGCAUCUACUGCCCGCGUGCGUGUUGCCGUGCGACUGAGGCCGUACAUGGACAAGGAGGAGGUUAAUGGCAAGCGGUUGUGUGUGCGAGGCUUGGACUCACAAUCUCUUGAAAUUGUAAACUGGAGAAAUCAACUGGAGACCAUGCAUUACCAGUAAGUACUGCCAUGGGGAGCUGGCAUGGCCGGGGAUUAGCUGGUUAGGUGUUAAUGCAGUGACUAUGGAUCUGCAUAGGCUGGCAUUUUCUGGGAUUGGCACAUGCCAUUCAUACCAAGUGGCUUCCUCUAUAUGAUUUUUGUGCAUUACAGGAGUGAUUUUAUGAAUGGGCCUAGAGAAGGUAUAAAACCAGGUUACUGUUUUUAAAGGGAAAGUACAAGUACCACAACUACUGUAACUAAACCUCGUAGAAGCAGUUUGAUCAAAUCCAAGGCUUUCCUGACACUCAAGUCCUGGUCUCUCUGCAGCUAAUGAUUAAUGUCGGAGCUCAUGUCCAUUUUUAUCUCGUACAGCAAUGACAGGUAAUAGGUCACCUGGGUGUUCACAGCUCAGCUUAUUGGGGCUGGUCGGAUAACACAGAUAUUAAACUCCCACAUUACCCGCGCGACACAGAGCCAGGCUGUGGCAGGCAGGGCGGGCAUGCUUUUUGUUAAACCGUGUAAAAUAUGGUUUUGCUUUGAGGGCAGUUUGUUUCCGACUGCCAGCAAGAAGCCAUUAUCAAGUCUUUCUAAUUACACCUGAUAUUUGUAAUGUGCACACUUGUUGUUUCUGCACUCUGCUGUUCGAUUGGCUGAGCUGGAUUAUGGUUUUGGCAACGUACAUGUUAACCCGGCUUAUUCUCACACAGGUUUGAUGCAUUUUAUGGAAACGACUCUACGCAGAGGGAGGUUUAUACAGGCUCCGUCUAUCCAAUCCUUUCUAAGCUGCUCAUUGGACAGAAUGCGAGCGUCUUUGCAUAUGGACCAACAGGAGCCGGUACUUUAAGGGGAGGGCAUUAAAGCGACUUGCGCAGACUGUGGGCCUAAGAGGAUUUCAUUGUUAUGGGUUGCUUUAAAUAAGCUUUAUUUUGUAUACCUCCAUAAUGGAUGUAGUUGCAAUACAGGUUGAAUGAAAAGUCUUGACGGCAGUUAAUCCUAAAUAUGGUUUUGUUUAUCUUGAAACAUACUAAAUGUGAUAAAGCAACAUUUCUAAGCCAAAGAAAUCCUCAUGUCUUCAAGUAAUGUAACAAAUUGUGUAGGAUUACCAUCCCACAAAUCCUGCACAAUGAGCAGUUCUCAGAAUACCUCCUUGGACAUGCAUGUUUUUAGACUUUGGAUUUUGAUGGGCUGUAGAGCCGAUUAUGUUGGUGAAUUUGUAAAUGGCUAAACCACUGAAAUUCCUAUAAAAUUCCUUCUUCUCCAGGAAAGACUCACACAAUGCAGGGAAGUCCUGGUCAGCCAGGAAUCAUACCGCGGGCAGUUAGAGAUCUUCUUCAGAUGGCUCGGGCAGCAAGCAGCACUGCUGACGAUGAAACCUGGACUUACUCCAUAACCAUGUCUUAUGUGGAGAUUUACCAAGAGAAGGCAAGUCUUGCUGUUGGGAAAUCUGCAUUUAUUUAUUUAUUUAUUUUUGCCUCCAUAAGAUCUCCCAGUAACGCUACAAUUGUGCUGUGAUUAUUCAGGUCAUGGAUUUGUUGGAGCCUAAAAACAAGGACCUCCCUAUCAGAGAAGACAAGGACCAUAACAUUCUGAUUCCUGGACUCACUCAGAAGACGAUUAACACAUUUGCAGACUUUGACGAGCACUUCAUGCUGGCCAGCCAAAACCGCACUGUCGCAUCUACUAAACUGAACGACCGAUCCAGCCGCAGCCACGCAGUGCUCCUGAUCAAGGUGAGCUGGUCUUCCACCAUAUACAGGAAACAUAUAUGUAAGGUUUUUGUAUACGUUGAGAUCCACACAUUAUCCAGUCAGGCUCAUACAGUGCUGGGUUAAAGCUAUAGGACAAGCUCCAAGAGGCACUGGGUUUAUACCUAAAGUAGGGGAUCUGACAACCAUUUUCAGGACAGGCUCAGACAGCGCUGGGUUUAUAUCUCAUGUAGGGGAUCUGACAACCAUUUUCAGGACAGGCUCAGACAGCGCCGGGUUUAUAUCUAAUGUAGGGGAUCUGACUGCACGUUAUCAGGACAGGCUCAGACAGCGCUGGGUUUAUAUCUAAUGUAGGGGAUCUGACUGUAUGUUAUCAGGACAGGUUCAGUAAUAUCGGCUCAUGUAAUAUUAGUCUUUCAGCUACCAUUAAUGUGUAUAGUCUCCCAUGAUCCAGUAGACCAUAUCUUGAUUUACAUCCUUUUAAUUGGUGGCAAUAGGUGCAAAAGAACCAGCAGGUGGUUCCAUACAGGCAGCUAACCGGAAAGCUGUACUUGAUUGACCUGGCUGGGUCGGAGGAUAACAGACGCACUGGAAAUCAAGGAAUCCGUCUGAAGGAGAGCGGUGCCAUCAACUCUUCGUUAUUCACACUUAGUAAGGUCGUUGAUGCUUUGAAUCAGGGACUCCCGCGUAUUCCUUACAGAGACAGCAAGCUCACCAGGCUACUGCAGGUAAUUGUGGACUCUGGAUUACCCAUUGCUGGGUUAUUAGUUGUAACCAUUUUAUCUUUUGUUUCUUUAAUGGUCUGAAAAGACAUUAAAACCUUUGCAUUCUGUAAUCUCCAUUGUGAAUCUGUGCAUUUGCUGACACGAUCCCUUCUCAAACUGUAUGAUGGGUUCCCCUUCUGGAAAGCUGUAGAUAGGUGUCUUUGUUCCCAGAAAGUAGGUGCAUUAUUAGAGACUUGGGUGGCCGCCUCUUACUUUUGGGACUGAAGCUUGUGAGUCAGUAAACCAAAGUCUUUCAUAGUUGCUGGUAUAGCCAUAACAUGGACUGGAAGUUGAAAAUCAACGCUAUAUAGCUUUCCAUCUAAGAUGUCUUUCAAUCUUUCUUUUAUUGAGGCAGGUGAAUAAUACAAUACAAAAAAAAAGAAAAGGCGUUAUGGCAAUUGUGCACAUGUAUAUACAAAUUAUUUGAAAAGAAUUGUCAAAUUCACAAAAACUCCAUCUAUUUGUUUUGCUAGCCAUUUGCAAUUGCAUGAUGUAUGUAGACAUUCUAUUCGUUGUCCUUGCCAGCAGCCAAUAGACCGCUUGCCGGAUGCAUUGGGAGUUACUGCCUGUGUCCCCAAUACGUGUGGGAUUUAUGGAAAUCUGGAAUGUUUCAGUUAAAGGACCACUAUAGUGCCAGGAAAACAAGUGUGUUUUCCUGGCACUAUAGUGCCCUGAGGGUGCCCCCACCCUCGGGGUCCCCCUCCCGCCUGGUCUUGGAAGGGGAAAGGGGGAAAAACGUACCUUUUUUCCGCCCCGUCGGCUGAAUUCACACGUGCGGCAAGAGCUGCGCGCGCAUUCAGCCGGUCGCAUAGGAAAGCAUUCAGACAGCCACUAGAGGAUUUGGGGGAAGGCUUAACCCAUUCAUAAACAUAGCAGUUUCUCUGUGUGAUCCCUGCACUCUCAGGUGAGCCUUUAGUAUCCUCCAUCAAUUUGUUUAAUUUGUCGCAAUGGAUGAACUAUUCUGUCACCAUGGAAACCUAAUGGAGGAUGUUGGAUGGAUGAGCUAACUGGUAGUUAUCUUCAUAAUGACCAAACGUGAUUGUACUAAUUAGAACUUCCUUCACAUGAAGUAUGUGGAAGUGACAGGAGGUGCCCUUAAAAAGGUAGUCUCUCUUUGGAAGCAACUGCAGUUACUAACAACUAGCUGUUUUUUCGUUUGAUUUUUACUCUCUGAAACUGCUAUGUUUAUAAAAGAAUGGGUUAAGCCUAGCUGGACCUGGCACCCAGACCACUUCAUUAAGCUGAAGUGGUCUGGGUGCCUAGAGUGGUCCUUUAAGAUGCUCAGUGUUACACCCUCUUUUGGGGGAAAUUGGUCUUCCUGUUAUUCCCCAAGGGUCCAGCACCCACGGUACUAGUUUCACAUUGUUGUGGGUUUUAUAUUUCCUUAGGAUUCCCUGGGAGGUUCGGCUCACAGCGUCAUGAUAACCAACAUUGCUCCAGAAGAGAAGUAUUAUUUUGAUACUCUUACUGCUCUCAACUUUGCUGCUAAAUCCAAACAGAUCAUUAACAAGCCUUUCUGUCAGGAGUCCACACAAGUAACAGGUGAGGAGGUCGGGCUGGGGGCUCUGGCUGGGUGGAGGAUAAAACUCCUUUUUCUUUAUCUUUAUUAUGAGUGCAAAACAAUCCGUACAUCAAUAUCCCCCUCCUAGAUUAUAGUCUUCAAUAAUAUGUUCUACACUCAAACCAUCAACUUUUUUUUUUUUUUUUGCAUUUAAUUUUUUUUUGUUGCUACUCUGCAGAUUUUAAACCAGAAUUUCUAUGUUAACUCUCUAAUUCAAAAAAUGUAUGUAUUUAAGAUGCCAGGAGUUUCUGGGCAUCGCCUUACCAUAAGAGUAUAAUAGUUUAUGGACCGUUUAACUCCAUAGUUGCAAAGAUGGAAGUUGUGCGCUCCUCCCCUCUCCUUCCAACAAGGUUCUGAGGUCUCCGUGCAGAAGCCUCUGAGUGGGAGCAACUGAUUUUCAGAGAACGUCAACAGAUGGUCUUAGCCUAUGAUUAGCACCCCAUUCACAAAGCAGUAUGAGAAAUGUACUCUUUUGACCUUGUACUGCAUUUAAAUACUACAUCCUGUCUGUCACCACAAUGUGAAACGUAUGCUCUUACUGAAUAUGGACAGAACCCUUGGAUUAUUGGGUAUGGGUGUUUCUUGUUCAAGCCCCCCCGUCCUUUUCCACAACUGAAAUCCCCAGCUAAUAUUGCUCCUGUUUGAUAUUGGAUCUAUGUUUAUUGACUGGAGCUUUUGGUUUUGUUUUUUUGUAACACAGUCCAACCCACAAUGAAGAGGCCUCGGGAUGAUGUAGAAGCACCAACCGCUUCUCGCCAGCGAAAGAAAUCCAAAACUGAGGAUAAUGAGGAGUCUCCAAACUCUAGUGCCAAUGCCACCCAGUAAGUCCUUCAGUAACAAGCAAGGUCCUACCCGUCUAACCUUCCUGCCCUGUUGGCCAUUAAGAUUCUGUCUCCUGUAACUCUAUAGGUAUAAACUCAACCUGGCUUCAUUGGACCCAGCUGUGGUGGAGAGACUCUUAAAGUUGGAUAAGAUCUUGACUGAAAAGAGCAUAAAGGAUGCUCAGCUGCUGAGCACACCCAAGCGGGAACGGAUGGCGUUAUUAAAGAAAUGGGAGGAGAGUCAGGUGGAGAUUGAGGUGAGAGAAUGCAUUUAUAACAUAGAUGGUAUUGUUUUCCAGGUUCAUUCUUUGUGCUCACUCUUUAGUGAAUACUUGUCCAGGAUCUCACCACUUUUCUUUAUCAUUUUAUUUUUUUUUUUGCUUGUUACCAGAGGCUCAAGGAGAGGCAGAAAGAGUUGGAACAAAAAGCCAUGGUGGCUGAAUCCCGACUGGAGAAAUCGGACAACAGUCUGUCGGAUUGCAGUGUGAAUGAAAGCACAUUCAGAGCACCUUUGAGAGGAAGGAACCGGAUCACGUCGACUGCUAAAGCAAAGAAGAUUGUCCGUGUCCUGCCCCUGCAGGGUGAGCAUCCUGGAGAUAUGGCAGGGAGACAGCAGUCUGGGCCUGACCUGGGUAUGGGUCAACUUUAUUGGUGCACAAUCUACCUUGGACUGGGUAAUUGCUGGCAGAGCAUGAUAGGAGUUAUGCAGGAACAGUCAGCAUAGAAUAGUGUAGUUGGCACAGAAAAGUUAAAACCCUUAACAUAUCCAUUGGGGCAAGGAGAAUGUGUCUCUCUAGCUGGCAAGUACCCAGGGCAUUGUUUGGGUGAGGUUAGAUGCUUGCCUCCAGUUUGUACUUUGUUUUAUAUUUCCUGGCUUAUGACAAUGCCACUAACCAGUUAUGCUUUUUUCAGACCACAACAGACAGCAAAACGCCAUCCUGGAAGAGGGGCUGCCAGUCAUUGAGAAGAAGGUUUGUGGAAGAGUCUUAAGUCUGAUAUAAGGAUUUUUAUUUUUUCUCCCCAUACAGCAGUGCAAUGUGCAGUGUUAAUAACUGUGUAACUCUGUGUUUGUGCCCUUAGAAGUCCAAAUGCACUGGGAGUGAGAACGAGCUCGGCUGGGAAGUUAAUAUUCGAACGGAUUUGCUCCAGACCAGCCGAGAGAAAAUACUAAAUCUUCUCAACGCUGGCUCCGUGAAGGAACUCAAGUCUCUGCAGAAGAUUGGAGAUAAAAAAGCAAAACUCAUAGUGGGUUGGAGGGAGGUCAAUGGACCCUUCAAAAGUGUGAGUACCAGACAUUAAAUCCACAAGCAUAAAAAAAAAAAAAAAAUCUUGCUGAAAUAUUGUGGUCAAUGUCUAUCCUAUAGUCAGGCAAUCAGGGCUAAUCUGCAAAUAUCCCAUAACAUUCUGGUCUUCUAUAUACCAUGCAUGGACCAAUUUACAUUGUAUAAGAAUUAUUUUUAUAAUCUUGCCCCUACCCUCUCAAUAUUUUUCCUUGGAACCAACCCUACAGCAUUCAAUGUCAACUACAGGCCAGUUUCCAAAGUCGCUGCGCCCAAAGAAGGUUCAAAAUAUUAAAGAAACAGUAUAGGGUCAGGAACUCAAACGUAUUCCUGACUCGAUAGUGUUAAAACCACUAUCAGGCCCCGCUUGCCUCCCUAAAAAGAAAAUCUUGCUAGUAUUAAAGUCUGCAGCUGCUGCCUCUGACCCUGGUCUGCCUGCUCGGCUGACAUCAGUGAUUCUGUGCGCUAAUCAUAAUGCUUCCCCGUAGGAUUGAACAAAAAAAAAAAAAUAUAUAUAUAUAUAUAUAUAUAUAUAUAUAUAUAUAUAUAUAUAUAUAUAUAUAUAUAUAUAUAUAUAUAUAUAUAUAUAUAUAUAUAUAUAUAUAUAUAUAUAUAUAUAUAUAUUAUAUACACAUACACACACUCUAGUAGAAAAUUAAGUGGUACGUGAAAACUAGGUGUGACCCAGGUGUACCUCACAACCACCCAAUAUACAUAUAGUAACAAAAAGUGGAAAACAUCCAGGGGCCAUGGCAACAGGGGCGCCGGGCGGCUGACACAGCUCGCACUCAGUCACUCACAGUUCGGCCUGAGUCAUGUACAGAGCAAGUCAAGUGCAUAAUGCUGUGCACUUGACUUGCAAAUUAUGAGCGGCCGGGAGAGAAAGUAGGUCAGGAGCACAGAGGAAGAGCGUGCUCCGCCUCCACAGUCAUUCGCGGAAGGAUCCGCACAGUCAGUUUGAGGGAGGUGGUCAGUGCUUUGGUAUCAAGGUCGGCAAACUGGGACACUGUCAGGAGGGUCCAGGGAGCAGCAAGCUUCAAUGUGAGUCUGCUCAUUCUUGUUAUAACUAUUGCAUUUUUUUAUUAAAUAGAUUUUUGUUUUGUUUUUUUAAGGGUGGCAGGUGUUUUUGUGUGUGGGGGAGCAGAGGUUUUCUAGCUGGGAUUUUGGGACAGGGGUUUUGGUUUAGGGAGGAGCAGAGGAUUUAUAGAAGGGGUUAGGGGUUUUGUAAAAUAGGGGGUAGAGGUUUUGGUGUAGGGGAGAGGUUUUGUAGAAGAGGGGGCAAGCAUUUCUGGUGAAGUGGCAGAGGAAAGGAUUUUUUGGAGGGGGCAUGGGUUUUGUUCAAGAGGGGGCAGGGGGUUUGUAGAGGGGGCAGGAGUUUAGUAUAAGGGAGGCAGGAGUUUAGUAUAAGGGGGCAGGAGUUUAGUAUAAGGGGGGCAGGGGUUUAGUAUAAGGGGAGCAGAGGUUUUGUAGAAGGGCGCAGGGGUUUAGUAUAAGGGGAGCAGGGGUUUAGUAUAAGGGAGCCGUGGUUUAGUAUAAGGGGGGCAGGGGUUUAGUAUAAGGGAGCAGGAGUUUAGUAUAAGGGGGACUGGGGUUUAGUAUAAGGGGAGCAGGGGUUUAGUAUAAGGGGGGCAGGAGUUUAGUAUUAGGGGGCAGGGGUUUAGUAUAAGGGGGCAGGAGUUUAGUAUAAGGGGGCAGGGGUUUAGUAUAAGGGGGCAGGAGUUUAGUAUAAGGGGGCAGGGGUUUAGUAUAAGGGAGCAGGGGUUUAGUAUAAGGGGAGCAGGGGUUUAGUAUAAGGAGAGCAGAGGUUUAGUAUAAGGAGAGCAGAGGUUUAGUAUAAGGGAGCAGGGGUUUAGUAUAAGGGGCAGGGGCUUAGUAUAAGGGGGCAGAGGUUUAGUAUAAGGGAGCAGGGGUUUAUAUAAGGGGAGCAGAGGUUUAUAUAGAAGGGGAGCAGGGGUUUAGUAUAAGGGGAGCAGAGGUUUAUAUAGAAGGGGAGCAGAGGUUAGUAUCAGGGAGCAGAGGUUUAUGUAGAAGGGGAGCAGGGGUUUAGUAUAAAGGAGCAGGGGUUUAGUAGAAGGGGAGCAGAGGUUUAUGUAGAAGGAGCAGAGGUUUAUGUAGAAUGAGUGCAGGGCUUUUGUAGAGGGUGGCAGUGGUUUUGGUGGAGGGGAAGGUUUUUAGUGAUAUGUGUACAUUACUGUAUAGUAGAUAUAUAUAAUGACAGCAUGUGUUUUGUUAAAGGAGGAGAAGGAAUUUUGUAGAACGGUGGGCAGGGCUUUUAUUAAAGGGGGAGCAGGGGUUUUGUAGAAGGGGCAGGGGUUUUAUUAAAGGGAGGCAGAGUUUUUGUAGAAAGGGGGCAGGGGUUUUGUGGAAGGGUUUUGUAGUAGGCGGAACAGGGCUAUUGUUGAAGGGGCAAGGGUUUUGCUGCAGGGGGGGCACCACGUGUUGGGUUCGCACAGGGCGCCUGAUUACCUAAGGCCGGCCCUGGGUGUAUAGAACAUGUCCCUGCAGCCUCAAUGCUCAAUCCUCUGCCAUUUAGGAGUUAAAUCCCUUUGUUUAUGAACCCUAGUCACACCUCCCAGCAUGUGACUUGCAUAGCCUUCCAUAAACACUUCCUGUAAAGAGAGCCCUAUUUAGGAUUUCUUUAUUGCAAGUUCUGUUUAAUUAAGAUUUUCUUAUCCCCUGCUAUGUUAAUAGCUUGCUAGACUCUGCAAGAGCCUCCUGUAUGUGAUUAAAGUUCAAUGUAGAGAUUGAGAUGCAAUUAUUUAAGGUAAAUUACAUCUGUUUGAAAGUGAAACCAGUUUUUUUUCAUGCAGGCUCUGUCAAUCAUAGCCAGGGGAGGUGUGGCUAGGGCUGCAUAAACAUAAACGAAGUGAUUUAACUCCUAAAUGACAGUGAAUUGAGCAGUGAAAUUGCAGGGGAAUGAUCUAUACACUAAAACUGCUUUUUUAGCUAAAGUAAUUUAGGUAACUAUAGUGUUCCUUUAAUAAUAUAGAUCUGUAAUGAUAAUAGACAUUACAUCGUGUAAUACAGUUAAGAUAAAAUUUGUGUUCUAUAGGAAUUGCACUCACAAACACAGGUGAAAAAAGGCUACUCACCCCACCAAGGGUUAAAACAAUAGGGAAGGCUGGUGGAUUGCAUUCCUCCUUGAUUAAAGCAGGCAGACAAUCUGUACAUGUAUCCACACAAUGUGGAACCAAAUACAGCGUGGUGGUCUUCACAAAACCAGCAGGAAGUGAUUUAAAACAUACAAAAUAAGUCCAUAAUUGGUCCAAAUGUAGUUGACGCGUUUCGCCCAAUGUAGGGACGUCUUCUGGUGACUGGUGUCCAUCAAACUGACCAAUGUUUUAAUAUGUCCUGCAUUAAAGGGACGUGUGUAAAUACAACAAAUGAUUUUGGACUUUCUCUUUCUAUAGGUGGAAGAUCUAUCUUCUUUAGACGGCAUGUCUGUAAAGCUGGUCUCUUCGUUUAUAAAGGUAAUUUCACACAUUGAAUUUGGGAUGAACCAAUCACCCUAAAUGUCAAUAUACAAUAUUUCACCCCAGCCAAUAUAAACCUAUUUAUAUGAUAUGAAAUGAGAGGGCUGCAGUUAUCAUAACAUGCCUACAUUAUAAGGGUCUGCUGGGACCUAUUGAUACAUUAUCCAGCAAACUACCACAACUAUAAACUAGCUUCACCCGCAUGAAAUUGAAGUUGUUUGGGGUUGUGUGGUUGGUUUUUUUUUUGUUUUUUUUUUUUUUCUUACCAACAGAAAUAAUGGCAUAAUCAUCCAGUCGGGAUCCUGUUUGACCUUUUUCAAUUCACUACAAAUUCUAGCAUAAAUCUGCAUGCAUUGGUUCUUACGUUUACAUACCUGCUCUGUGAUUGUGCCGUUUGCUUUGAGCAUCGCCUAUUGGAUUCAAGAAGUAUGAUUGACUAUUUUGUUUUGUCCACAGGCAAACAUCAUGACCAUGGUGGCAAGUUGAACACACCACGCCAGUACUUUUGCUGACCUUAGGGACUCUUAUUCAAUCACUGCUCAGGGGAGGAGAUCCUCAACCCACCACUCCGGAAAUUAAGUUAAUCCUCUUUGUGUGGCUAAGAGAUGAAGUGUGAGCAGAUGUGGACUAUUUAAAUAUUAUUUUUUUUUUUGUUACCACUAUUUUUAUUUUAUAUAUAUAUUUUUUAAACUUAAUUUGUAUAUUACAUACUAUACAGGAUUCUGGCAGGCUCCAUACCACCACCAGGGAAUUUCUUUUAGCCUAGAUUGCAGACUGGAAAAUAGACCAUGGAGCCUUUUUUAUUUUUGUUUUAAUAUCGAGCAGUUUAUUGAAGAGUGAGAAUGAGGCCCGUCAAAGCUUGAAGAAUUCUUAUUCCCGCAAUAUUUUAAAUGUGGCGCCCGUGUAGCAAGUUGUUUGUUUUUGUUUAUGUACAUGCUUUUAGCUGAAAUCAUACGCCUGUGCAAGCAAAGACCUGUUUGGUAUCUGUCCAGAAGUUGGUUUGAUCUCCUGGCGGCCAGGAAGGGGUUAAUGGCACUAAUUGAGAAUUGCACUGGCACACAACAGGCUGGUCCAUGCUGAAGAAAUUCAGAUAUUCACAUAUGUCAAUCUAAUCGGAGGUAAAGAGUGCACAAAUCAUUGUACGUUGUAAGAUCUUCUACAGAAAAUAAAGUUGUUUUUUUAAAUAAUUUUUCAGUAUGCAUUCUCCAUUUAUAUUACAUCAGAAAAGCAACUUUUAGGUUCCAAAGACAGAUCUUCACGGAAAUUCCAGCACCGUUAAGAUCAAGACAAACGGCCAAAUCAAAAUAUAUUAAUCAGAGGAAACUUAUCAUCCACAGGAUGGAUAAUGGCUUUACCUUCAGAUUGUUAUAGAUAUAAACAAGCUGCAAAUGUACAGGUUGAUAUGUACUUACCUGAAGAUCACCCUCUCACUUAGUACCAGCCCAGUUAAGAAUCUGUGCAUAUAGCAGCUCUGCAGCAAACAAUGUCAGACUAAAGUUACAUCAUUUCGGGAGUCAUGCAGCAGCUUGUGGAACUCUGAGAUGUAACCGGCCAGUGGUUAACGUGUGUUUUAAAGGGACCCAAAGGACAUGCAUGAAAUUGCCAUUGUGACCUAUUCUUUGAUUGUCGUAGAACAUAUUAAACCAGACUGUUACUUGGACACUGUCAGAGGGGUCUCCAUUGCACUAGAGAAAGCAGGGCUGUAUUCACAACCAAUUUAUUAUGGAGAGAUACUUGAUGCUUACUGAAUGAUGCCCAUUUCAAUUAAUGGAGGGUCAAGUGACUGGGUAAAAUUGGACAGAUAUGAACUCACCGCUAUAAGGCUCAAGGUUUUUUUUCUGGUAUAUAUUGCCACAUUGGGUGCAGUUUCUGAAAAGUGGUCUACAGAUGUAAAACUGGUGGAAUGUGCUUAUUGGCGAUUGUCACAUUUUUAGACCACUCUUCAGAAUACAACAUUUUUAUGCAGAACACGCAGUGUUUAAAGUGAAACCACAUUAUGUCUUGGGGUGUCUCUUUAAAGGGACACCCUAAACUCCAAAGCAUCUUUAGCUAAAUGAAGCCGUUUUGGUAUAUAGAUCAGGCCCCUGCUGUCGCACUGCUGAAUUCUGUUAUUUAGGAGAUGGCAUAAAGUCUACUUGCUAUAAAUUUUAUAUAUAUAUAUAUUUUUUAUUUAUUUAUUUAUUUUUUCCUGAGAAUUCGAGGCAGUGCAUGACAACAGGGCUUUCUUUAAUCUGGAGGGAAAAUAGGCAGACAAUAAUUUAAGAUCCUCUGCCCUAUAAAGUGACUUGAAACCAAAAUACCGACAAACUGCAAAAAUUAUUUAUUAAAUAGUGGGGGAAUGUGUGCACUGCCUCUAAUACUCAGGAAACCGAAAUGAAUGGCAAGUAAAAUGUAUGCUUUUUUUUUUUUUUCUUCAGAUAAGGGGCAGUGCAAGACAAUGGGGAUAACAAAGCAAUCCCUAAGGGCGGGAAUUAUUUAACCACCGCUUGUAAUAUUGUGCCCAAAACGUGAUUUGUUUCAGACGCCUGUAUGUCUAACCGGUAACGCUUAGUAAACCUGUGGAGAGAGCGCCCAAAUUGCUGCAAAACAAAUUUGACAAGCGGUAGCUGAAGGCCCAAGAUGUGGACAUAGCUCUUGUGGG